GUAUACUCACGCGAUCGACGCGGCCGGCUGCCAUGCGUCGUUUCGCGUAACUCUAUUUUUAUACGUAUUUUGUACAUCACCAAAAGUGGCCUUAUAAUUGUUUAGCAUAGUAAUAUGACAUAUUCCUACAAGUUAUCUUCUGUGAUAUUAUAGUAAACUAUCGUUACUAAUAAUGGCGGACGAAAAAAAAGAUUCAACACCAUUCCUCAAGAAUGGAACAUCACCUAUUGUCACCAAAACGCCAUUACCGAUGGGCCCUCCUUUGUCCAGCAAAGCUGGCAGAGGCAAGGCUUUCCGGCAAGUCAUGGCAUCUUUUGUUGCCAACUUGGGUACAAUUAAUACUGGCAUGGCAUUUGGAUUCUCCGCAACAUCUCUGCCUCAACUUAAAAGCCCAGAUUCUACAAUACCUAUAACAGACAAUGAAGCCAGCUGGAUAGCAAGUUUAAGUGCAGCUGGAACGCCGGUUGGAUGUAUUCUCAGUGGUUACCUAAUGGACACCAUUGGUCGCCGUCUAACACUUAUUAUAACAGAAGUGCCACUUAUCCUGGGCUGGCUACUCAUUGCGUCUGCACAGAAUAUACCUAUGAUAUAUAUCGGCAGGCUACUAAUAGGUUUUGGUUCUGGUAUGGUUGGUGCUCCAGCUAGGGUUUACACAUGUGAAGUUUCUCAACCGCAUUUGCGCGGAAUGCUCGGAGCUUUAGCGUCGGUCGGAGUCUCAACCGGUGUUCUGAUACAAUACGUUAUUGGUAGUAUAACAUCAUGGAAUAUACUGGCCGGUAUAAGUGCAUCGAUUCCUAUACUAUCAUUACUGACGAUGCUGUUCCUACCUGAGACUCCCAACUAUCUUCUCUCGCACGACAACAAAGAGAAAGCAGAAAAGGCUCUCACCAAGUUAAGGGGAUCCACUUGCGAUCUUGAAGGAGAAAUAGACAAGAUGAUUGCAUUUAAAGAGAAGAACCAUGUCGAACCUUUAAAAUCGCCUCGUGAGAUUAUUAAAGCGCUGAUGUCACCGUCUGCAUUGAAGCCUUUCACAAUACUAGCAGUAUACUUCUUCAUCUAUCAGUGGUCCGGUGUCAAUACUAUUACGUUUUAUGCGGUUGACGUUUUUGUGGCAUCAGGGGCGCAGUUUGACAAGUUUUAUCUGACAAUAUCUUUGGGUAUAAUUAGAGUCAUCUUCACUGUGGUGGGAUGCGUGCUCUGCAGACGAUGCGGUCGACGGCCUCUGACAUUUGUUUCUGCAUUAGGUUGUGGAAGUACUAUGCUCAUUUUAUCCGUGUACAUGUAUUUUGUGCAUUAUUGGAAGCAGAAUGAUAUAAUUCCGAUGCAUUCCUGGAUCCCCGUCGCCAGCAUCUUCAUCUUCAUCAUAUGCUGUACGAUGGGCUACUUAAUUAUACCAUGGGUUAUGAUUGGAGAGGUUUAUCCAACGCAGGUGCGUGGAAUAGUGGGUGGUUUGACGACUUGCGCCGCUCAUCUCUCCGUUUUCUCCGUUGUGAAGACCUUCACAUACCUCAAUGAGGCCCUCUAUGAUUACGGGACCUUUGCUUUGUACGGCUCCAUGUCUUUAGUUGGAACCAUCUUCUUCUACUUAUUCUUACCGGAGACGAAAGGAAGAACACUACAAGAAAUAGAAGAUUAUUUUUGUGGUAGAACGAAAUCGUUAAAAAAGAAUAACAUAUCUGAUACAGCUUGAUAAGGUAUUAUAUUGCGUUUCUUAAAACGUGGACAUGUAUUAUAUAUGUACAUGUCUAAUAUAUUACAUAGAUUGUACAAACAGGGUUAGUCGUAAAGAGAAGAUCAGUUUCAUAAGAAACUGAACCACUUUCGCCAAGGAAUAUGGUAGAAAAUUUUAAACCUUCAUAUAAACUGCGCCACUACGCGACCGAUUUAGUUUGGAAAAUACAAAAUUAAUAUUUAAACUUUAUUUCUUGUU